AUGAGAAAGUGUCCAGCUACCCGCAGACGCCCGCGCCCCGGCAGCCGCCCCGGGGGCCAAGUGCGCCCUCGGCAGCCCCACCUGCCGUGCCGCUCUCUGCUGGCGGCCGGCGUCUCCUCUGCCACGACUGGCCCAGAGGCCUCGGCUAGUGGACGCGCCGCGCCAGAGGCAGCAGCGGCGGCGCGGUUGUCGCGCGCCUGCGACGCCUGCGGAGACGCCGCGACUCGGCGCCGCGACGCCACACCGACACCGACGCCGGGCCGUGCCGAGCCGGUGAGGGCGGGGAUGGGGCGCGGGGGGCGCGGGGGCGACCGGGCCGUGCCGAGCCGGCGGCAGAGCGCAGCGGCAGCCGCCACGCCAGGCGCCUGCUCGGGACGCGCGCCCCUGGCUCCAGCAGCCCGCUUCCAGCUCCAGAGGCCGGCUGGCCGGACGCUCCAGCUGCAGAGCAUCGAUGCGGCGCCCGCGCCCGCGCCGGCCGGGACCGCUGCAGGCGUCGCCGCCGACGCCCCCGCCGCCGACGCCGCCGACGCCGACGCCGAGUCUCGCGACGUCGCUGAGCCGACCUCACUGCAACAGGGAAGCCGCGAUGCUCGCCCACAGCACCGGCUGCCGCGCCGCCUGAGCGCAGACAUGGCGAGCGCCGUCGACGUCUGCGCCGUCUCCGCCGGCCUGCUGGUGGCGGGGCGCGUGCUCGGCGCCGCGGCUGUGGCGACCGCCGCCGCUGCCGCCAACGUCAGCACCUCCAGUUCCAGCCCUGUAAAUGGCUCCAGCACGGAGCCGCGAGCCGCCAACUCGUCCGCCGCCUUCGCCAACAUCGACGACGGCGGCGGCAUCGACCCCAGGGACUUUGCGCAGGGCUACACGGACGUGCAGACGCUGAUGCUGGCCGGCGUGUGCACGCUCAUCGUGCUGGUGUUCGCGCUGGGCGCCGGAUUCGCCGUCAGGAUCGCGUGGCGGAAGCUGCGGGAGCGCGCCGCCGACGGCUACACGGGGGUGGUGCACCGCGACGACAGCAGCGACCCCCUGCAGGGGGGCGCGGGGGGCGGCCGCGUCGCCUCCGCCUCCACGCACUCCAGCGGCAACCUGCUCGCCGACGAGCUGAAGGCGGCCGCCGCCCACUGCUCCGCACACAACGCCGUCCUGGAUGGCGCCGCCAUCGAUGACGUCAGCUCCCAGUCGCCGCUGCUCGCCGGCAGCGCCUCUGCCGGCAGCGUGCGCAGCCACGCCAACGGUAGCGUUAUCACCAUGACUCUGAAAAACAAUCACCUCAUUGUCGAGACGCAGGACCGAGCGGUGCGGCUGCAGGACGGCGCCACCAAGACGACGACGACCACGUUCACGACGUCGGCGUCGCCGGAGCACGAGCCGGUGUUCGUGGUGGAGGUGACGCAGCCGCGCGGCUACUCGGCGCUGCCCGCCUGCGCCGACGCCGACGCCGACGCCGACGCGGCCAACCCCGGCGCCUGCAGGCAGGCCGCCCCCGCCGCAAGUCAGCGCGCGCAGGUUCACCGUGCAGACGCCGACGACGACGACGAGGACGCGGGCGGCGGCGCGUCGGUCGAGGAGGCGUCCUCGGGGGUGGCGCCGGCGUCGGGGGCGGCGCCGCCCCGCAGCAACACGGGCCUGUCGCAGUCCGACCUGAGCGUGUCGUCGGCGGGCUCGGCCAACCCGAGCUACCGCUACGGCAACCAGACGGGCUACGACGGCGGACCGUUCGGCUACCCGCAGUACGCCGGCUACUGCGUCGAGGCGGCCGCCUCCGGCGCCGGCGCAGGCGCUGCGGGGGCGGUGGCCGCGGCGACCACUGAAGCGCCCUCCGCCUCCGCCCCCGCCACCGACACGCCGGGCUCGGCGCGCAGGCCCGUCUUCUGGGGCGCCCAGGACUCGAUGCUGAGCAGCGACCAGCAGUCGGAGCAGCUGCUGUCCGACAUCUUGCAGGAGGAGCUCCUGCAGGAGGAGCAGCGGCAGCUGGGCAACGGCAGCGACUCGGCAGCCCCGGGCCUCCACCGCACCGGCAGCCUGCCGCCCCGUGUGCGCGCCGAGCCGACCCAGGAGGAGAGUGGGGCGCAGCAGCCCGGCAGCAGGCUGGAGCCCGUGGCGGAGGCCGCCGCCCCCAGGGCCGCCUACAGCCCCCGCAAGCGCGCGUCCCUGCCCGCCAUCUCGGCCGGCCUCUGCAGGCCGUCCCCGCGUCUCGAGGGCUUCACGAACGACAUCUCGCCGCUGCGGGAGGUGGCCGACCAGAGUCCCGAGGCCGAACGGUGCACCGGCACCAGGACUUUGCAAGAUGGCGUCAGUGAAAAGCCUUUCGAGAACAAGUCUUUCGUGUCAACAGAUCAAAUGGCGAGCUAACUUUGUAGCUCAGACACUGUACUAUGGCCGCUAGUGACACGAGCAAUGGAAUCUGAAAAUGGGGAACUAGGUUUCGCUCAGUAUGGACGGGAAACGAAACCGAUAAUUAAUGUGUCGUACAAGUACUGAACUUCAUUAAAUCCCAUAAAGACGGGACAUGUAACCGGGCAGCUGAUUGUAUCAGUUACUUCUUUCAGAAAGAGUAACUGAAUCUACGUAUAUAUAAUUCUGUGACAAACAAUAAAAAAAAAAUCUGUGCUUCAUCUGAGCUAAACAGUGCUAGUUUUGUAACUACAUUUUUUUCCUUAAAAUUACAGGGAGACAGAAUGGAUGGACUGUAUUUAUUUUAAUAAGCCUAAAUUCUAUACUCUAUUACUAGAGUUUCAUUACUUAAUUCACUGUUUACUAUAGUGCAUUUUACCACGAUUUAUUCAUCUCUUCCCCCCCCCCCCCUCUCCAUUUUUUCCUUGUUUUUUCCUAUCUCAUUUUGCCCUUUCCUCCUAGUUAUUAACUGCACUAUUCAUUUAACUUCAUUUUUCUCUUCCACAUAAUCUUUACUAACCUCUCAAUCUACCUUUCCUUCAUCUCUGUACUGAAGCUAGCACAGUGGUUACCAAUGUUCGGUCUUUGACCUCAUUUAUUAGACAUCUAUACUCGUAACAGCUUCCAGACUUAGUAACCUGCACAUCAUUUGCAACAGUCCCCACUAUAUCGCCCUUUCUUUCCUGAAGAAGCAACUAACAAUUCCGAAAACUGGGAUCGAUUUUCCUAUUUUGACAUAUGCCAGUCAGUACUUGAGUAUCACCUACUGUCCAGCCAUUGUCUCCUUUUAAUUUUGUAGUUUUAUAGUGAAUUUCCGUUAUAAUGCGAUUAUCUAUUUUACUUUGUUUUGGAAACUUUUUUAUAUUUGUUGCACAGUUUAACUCAAUUUAUUGUAGAAUCAAUAUAGAAUUUAAUAACAACUUCAUAUUGUGCAAAAGCGUGAAGCACACAUCACGUAUUUUACCUUGUAAUUUUUCGAAUGAGCACAUAAUUGUUUGAGAGAAUUGAUGUCAAUGUUUAACUCCCAAAGAGAAUUUUAUUUCUAAAUGCAACCAUUCCAAUUUUACUUUUAUAUAGGGCAGAAUCAUAACCUAGCUGAGAUAAUAAUAACAGAUUGUUCCCUUACGAUUAGAUUGACCAUUUACUUAGCUCCUUGUGACAAGUUCUUGUCUAAAAUGUUGGUCAUUAUCGUUCUUCUCUACACAUUAAUAAAUGUUACAUGGAAACAGUAAUUGUAGGGUUGGUUGAUGCUUCCACUUCACAAUAUUCUGCAUGUAAAAUUAUCCCACAUAAAUAAUGAGAGCGUUAUUAUGGACACUUAGCUCUUUAAUAUCAGUGUUUACUAAUCAUUAAUUGUUAAAUGCUGGUGAAGUUUUGGAUAUGCUUUCUAGACCGUCAGAUGUUGCUAUGUUAAAGUUAGGCAGUCUCAGGGACAGACGAUAGGUGUAUGUAAACAAGUGGAAAUGUUUAGAACUCAUAUACCAUGCAUCUCUUAACCCAAAAAACAAUUUGCUACAAAAAUUAAAAUGACAAGCAUCUAGAGUGACUCAGAGUGCCUUUUGCUUGUUUUGUUUUAAGAGCAUCUUGACCGUUAUUUGCAAAGUUCAUAUUCUUUAAUUGAUAAAAUAUUACGUUUUCACCCCAGAGAUCGGAAAGUGACAGCAACAGUAAUAAUAACAUUCUCAUAUACCAACAGGGUACCAUACUAGGUAUGAUACUGUGUUAUUAUACCAAGGAUCAUCCUGCCAGUAAUUAAAUUAUAUUUUUUAAAUAUAUAAAACCAGAAGGACAUUAUAUACAAUCCUAUGACAGUAAGACGUUCAUAGUGUAAUAUAUAAUGCCCUUAUUUUGCAAGGUGAUAUAGUGGGCCCAGAUAAAUACAAAACCCUCUUUCUAAGUUCGAAUGACAACACAAUUGUUUAAUUAUAUGGGCACCUCAUUUACUGUGCACCACCUCGAAAUAUCUUAUCAGUAAUUACCAUUUACACUGUCUAUGGGCUAUAUAACAUAAAAUAUGUAAACUUUUCAACCAUUUUAGGAAUCUGUGAGAUAUGAGAGUAAAGUAUAACACAUAUUCAGAAAAAGGAAGGUGCCUUCAUUUGUUUUAAAAUAAGCAGCUGACAAGGUUAAAUGCCCCCUUUCUUUAUCUUAUCUUCAAUCAAAAAUCUUUAUAUUAGGGAACAUUCAGAAAUGCAAAAAGAUGAAGCACACUAUACAGCAUAACAUUAAGGAUUAUGCUAGAACAACAUUAUGCUACAUUCUUAACACUGUUGGGUUCUGAAGAAUUGAGUAACAAAUUUUUGAUUAAUAAGUGGUUUGAUAAUUUAUUCUUUUUCGUUUUAUUAUUUAAUUUUUACUUACAUACCCAAAUGUUGGAUUAUACAAAAAAUAAUAAUCUAAUUUUCACUUGCUAUAUUAAUUCAUUACCUUCUACUUUUCUUUUACAUGUAGUUUACCUAUUGUGCACAUGAUAUCACUAUAGGGGUACCUUCAUGAGUUAUUCUUAUAACUUAUGCAUAAAAUGCUAGUUUUUGUAUCAGUUACUGCUCAUAUUCAGUCUGCAGCACAGUAGUUAUGUAUUUACAAGUACAGUAGCACGUUUUACUCUAUGAAACUCCUUGCUUUCAAGUACAGCUGCAGAGCAUUUUUGACGGAAAUUCAACUUAAUGUUUGGUAGGAGGCAUGUGGGAGAAGUACUGUCUAUUCAAAAUCUUCCAAUUUUGUCUUAGUAAAACUUUCACUUCAAUUUUUCGUAUAAGGACCAGAUUUAUUUCCUUUUACUACAUACUCUGCUAUAGACCUCAAGUCAGUUAGCGAGGAACGGUUGCUCAAAUGAUUUAAGAGCCUCUCAUUUUUCUUUACAACAGUAUACAUAAUAUUCUUACAUAAGCACCAUGGUUUCAUUACUAGAACGCAUCAGAAAUUUUCUCUGUGAUAGGCACAAUGUAACAUACUAAUUCUGUGACACAUUAAAACCAUUGGUUGGAUGUUGGAAACAGUGACUUCUACAACGGUAUAUGUAUCAGACUACUAUUACUUUUGCAGUGCUUUCGUACAAUUUAUAUCUUAAUUACAUUUUUUUUAAUUUAACACUCAGCAAAGAAAGUCUUAUACAGUAUAGUAUGUUUGAAAAUCAUAUAAAACUUGUCUUGAAAAAACAUGCAUAUCUCUAAUCAAGUGUUAACCACAUCAUUCACUUUAUUAAUCUGACAAGUACGAACUAUAUUCCUGACAGAAGAGUUCACCUGUAUGACAUUGAGAACUGCCACAACACUUCUAAAGUGUUUUGCCGACAAAUACACUUUUAAAAGCAAAAUAAUCGCACAAUCUGUCUGAAUUAUCAAGUCAAUUUUUAUUAUAAAAUUCCUAUAUUUGUGGUAAGGAAAAAUAUGUAUUACAGGUAAAAAACAAUGAGCCGGGCAACCCCGCCAUUACCUUUCUGUUGGAAACAUUUAUAGCAAGUUACCCAUUUUUCAGACAUUCCUAGAGCUACUGUGUUAACUGAACUAUUACGCCACACCUUUUUGAGUGAUGUUGUGUCAAGUAACUUUAAGUGAUACUGGUACAUCAAAAAUGGUAGCUUGUCAUAAUCCAUCCCAACAACUCUCUUCCCAAUUACAUGAUCUCCAUUUACAUUAGUUUCAUUCCUUGGCUUCCUGCAACUAAUUUCUUUUGAGAGCUUAUUUGUAAAUAUGUGCUGCACUGGUUCUCUCCUUUCUUUUUUUCUGUACUCUCCACCACCCUUUUGUAAUCGUUCCUCUAAUAGUUUAUAUCAUUUAAUUCUGUCUCCACACUAUGAGUUCUUUCUGUCAAGCCUUGUAUUUAACUUACCAGUGGUCUUCAUAUCACCAUUAAUACACUGGAUUAUAUCUUUAUAGCCUGUAGUCCCACAUCAUCUACACUCCUAUCAUGCAUCUGCAGUUUCCCCAAAUGUUGUAUUAUAAACACUUUAUCUUCAGUUAGCGUUCGCAUAAGUUUGCUUUAACAUUUCUUCUUCUUAUAUUACUCUAUCAUCAAUUUUGUUUUCUAAGGGUGUAGAUAAAUUGGAAGUUUACUUUUAUACUCUGGCUGUAUUGUUAAUGUUUCUAAUCUGUAUGUGAGUACACAUCAUAAUACUCCUGAAAUGCUUGUCUCUGAACUUCAUUUUCCACUUUCACAUGUAGUUACAUCAUGAUUAGCACUACUAUAGAGAAAUCGUUUUACACUUUAUAGCUGUUUCUGCAUUAUGUAUGGUUUCUUCUGAAAUUUUUGGCCCUCUCUCACCACUGGGUGUUGCCUUGUGCUUCGUCAUGAUGCAGGCAUUCUAUGUUGAUGUCUGUAAAUAGGUCAUGUAGCCAGUCCAUACAGGUCAUUUACCAUCGAAUUUCAAUGACAGCUCAUGUAUUGCUUGUGUGUCCCAGUCAGCUUGAGCUGCAAAUCUCUUAAAACAUAGACAGCUUCACCUCAUCUUCUCAACUGUACAUGCCACUCUGUACCACCUGCGAAUUUUCCUAUGAUCAUGAAAAGGCAGACCAGAUGUUUAUGAAAACAUUUUGGUUUCUGCUGCAGAAAGUCUUUGCUCGGAUUCUUUUAUUGUGCACCAAUAUUCUACACUAAUGCAAAUAGGUUAUUACAGUGCAACAUAUUUUCGACUAUUGUAUAUAAUUCCCUAAAAAUUGUUUUUGGCGUAUACAACUUGGAUAUACCUAAUUAGUUCUUAGCUAUAGUCCAUUAUUUUCAUGAAACAGUAAACAAAUACUACAGUAUUAUUUGAUGACAGCAUUUGUACCAGUGUCAGGUACCGGGACUUACAUUCUGUCUACUGUAACACACAUUUUAUAGCAUGCAACGUUCACAGAAAACAAAAGCAUAAUAUUUACGGAAGAAAAGUAGUAGUGUGCUUAAAGUGACUAUGACUUAGCGACUAUAAUGGUUUCAAGUAAAACAUUUACAAUUUUCAAUAGUUGAAAAGAUUUGUUUGAAGCCUAAAGGAUAAAGCUUAGAAAGUAGGAAUGAAUAGCAUACAUCAGACUGAACAAACGAUUCAGGAAGAGCAAAAGUGACAGCCGGAAGAGUGAUAUGCAGACAAUUAACUAUUUGUUAAGUACAUACAUAUUAAGGUGCAGGAUGGCAGGAUGAAGUUGUAGUAAAAAAAUCAUAAAAAGAGUACAAAUGGAAAUAUACACUCAUUUAAACAGUAAGUACGAAACAUUUCAAAUAUGAUAAAACAAUAAGAACAAGGAAUGUUGUAGAUUUUAAAAAAUGUGCCCAUUUGGAAACAGAAAUAAAUAAGGCCAAAUAAAAAAGUGAAGGAGGUGGCUAGAAUAGCAAACAGGUGGUCGAAAUUCCAUCUACAUCUUUCUUUGCUUUUUCCCCUGCAUAAUGUCAGCCACAUAAGUUCUUACACAUUGAUGUGGCAUAUUGGGGCACCUUAUAUCCCUAAAUCAGAGGAUGAAAUAAUGAGAGAAAUGUGUGAAAAGAAUGUUUCCCUGCACAGUGUUACAGUGAAAUUUAUAGCUCAUUCUUCAUAAUAUCUAUCCCACAAAUUAAGCAGAAAUUGACAUAACAAGAGAAAUAAAUAUUAAUUAGCUUCUUUGAACAAUGCAGAGAUAGUAAUUUAUAAUAGCUCCCUCAUUUUUAUAUAUUUUUCUUAAUUUUUAUUUCCAAACAAAUAGCAGACAAAUGCUACCCAACAGCAGCUUGUUCCCCACAAACUGACAAAGACACCUACACAGCAGCAGACGUAAAUCUAUUCCACAUAUUUGUGUUCAGCCUCAGAGUUUUCGGAAUGCAUUGUUGGUGCUAAUAAACAUGAUGACUUUCUGUACAUAUGUGAUUAAUAUUAGAUUCAUAACACAUUCAUGGAAUAAAAUUGCUAAUGUUGUUAGCUCCUGAAAACACGACCAUGUUAUAAGAUUUUUGGGACCUAUUGUUGAAUACCAUGUCUACAGAGAAUGAAAAUGAAAAAGAUGUUCUUGUUAACUAAUUAUAGAUCUGUUAUCAGAUGUUUACCUUGUAGCUCUGUUCUUCUGUUGGAAAAGAGAAAGAUAAUUUUAAUUUGCUUAUAAUAUGUUUAAUAACUCAGCAAUUCAAGGUUUGUUAAGUGUAUUGCAUAUAUGAGUAAACAAUGAACAAAAUAGAAUAAUUUCAAAUAAAAUUUCAAUUUUGUGAAUACUCUUCAAAAACCCACUUAUCUACUUUGUUGUUAUCGUUAGUACAGACACUAGAACAAAACUCUAAGCCUUGCCAAAAACAGUGUUAUUUUUCAUAACAUAAUAUUAUUUCUUGAUUAAAACAUCCUUUAUAUUUCAUUUUAUCCACAUCAGCCUUAUACUAGCAUCCAGUAUUAAGUCCAACAAUUGAAUGUGAAAGUGUCUUGUGGAUGGCUAUUUCAACAGCAUUAUAAAAUUUUAAUUAUAAUUCAUUGAUUGAAAUUUUUACAAAGACCCGUUUCUAUUUUCUUAUACAAGCAAAUUAAACUGAACAGGAAAUAAAAUGUAUGUAUACUUGCAGAUAUAGACAUGUUCACAGUGGCUUAUCAGUAAAACGCUAUUUUUAAUAUACCUUGAUAUAAUUCAUACAUUCAGUACAUACAUAUAUAUAUAUUUAAACUCUGUUUAUGUUAUCUUCACUACAUAUUUGUUAAAAGAUUCUUGUAAGAAUUACACGAAACAAAAUACAAUGUAGCAUGGAAACAAUGUUUGACCAUUUUUGAUUCAGACAGAAAGUACUUUAUGAAGCAGAACAUGAAGUAAAAGAUACACUAAGUAGAAAAAGCUGUAUUUAAAUAAUAUUAAUCAAUAUAUCAACAAAUAAAUAGGCGAAUGUCACAUAAAUAAGAAAUAUAGGACAAAAUUAUGAAAACACAGUACAGGUAACUUUAUUCCUUUCAUCAUACGGGUGCCAAAAUUUAAAAUAAAGUUUAUAAAAUAAAUGCCUAAAUGUCUGAAUACAUUUCAUUUGAUAAUUAAACAAAGAUUGUGCUCUGAAUUUUGAUUCCUGUUUCAAUUUUUGUCUAGUGAUGAAAUCUGUUUAUUGUGGAUAAAUUAAUAACAAGUGACUUGAAAAUCUAGUAAAAUCCAAAUUGCUAGA